AUAUUAUGGUUAAUAUUAGGUAUUUUAAACAGGUUAAUCUCCGAGCUCUUGAUAUAGCAACAUCUUUACCAUUCAGAUCGUAUUUAAUAUUAAUUCAAUCCAAUUCGGAAAUCCGAUCUUCACAUCUCUAUUUCAAUUAAAAAUAUUCAUUUGUCAUCAUUUCUUUCAUGUCACAAGUUAUAAAAUAUAAACAACAUUUCUUUGCACAACAUUACAAUGGAACGUAUUUAUAAUUUAUUUAUUUAUUAAUUACCAGAUAUAUAGUAUAUAAAAGAAUAAAUUUUUGGCCUUACCUACAACGAGGCCCUUGCGUUAUACAAUCACUAAGCAAUUAUUAUUUUUAUUUUUGUAGUUGAAAAGUUUUUAAGACUGGAUGCGACGGGCUAUUAGCAUUCAAAGCUCAUUUACGAUCAGUAACCUCUUGAUAAUAUUAAUAAUUUUUAGCAUGGAAUCGUCAUCUAUUGUAAGCUUUAAUAAUGAUUCAACUUAUCAGACAACCCUGAAAGGUGACUAUAAUAACACCAGUGUUCACGAACUAGCCCUUCAUGCAAUGCGAGACAGGUGCUUACUUCUCCAAAGAAGAAUAAAUUCAUUGGAAAGUGACAAUAUAAAACUGAAACUUGAUAUAACAAAAGUCACUGAAAAUGCAUCAUAUACACCACUUAGAGAGGAUGAAAAGUGUGCAUUACAAGAAAAAAUAGCUGAAUUAAACAAACAAAAAUCGCAGCUAUUACAUCAUGUAUUCAUGGUGUCUUGUGAAAAUAAAAACCUGUGGACUAAAAUUGCUACAUUGAAGGGACCUGAAAAAAAAGAAUACACAAAGCAACCAUUAGUUCGUACUAAUACAUAUAUUCAAAGCAAUCCUAAAACUGCACAAUUUCAAGAAAAAUUUCCUGAACCAAGUUUAGAAGAAAUUUCAUUAAAGUUAAUAAAUAGCUUCUUACAAGAAAAGUCUCAAUUGGUUGAUCAGUAUGAACAAAUGACACAACUUCAAGGAAUGGAAGAUGACUGUAUCCUGAAUCUUGAUUCUAUAGAAUUUCAUUACAUGGAAGAUCCAUCCACAGAUUCUUUAAAAGAAAUUCAGACCCAAGCUGAAAAGUUUCAAUUGUUAAAAAAAGAGGUUGCACAGCAAGAAAAGGACUUAAAAAGUGUAAUAGCUCGAAUAGAAACUUUAUUAAGUGAUGGCUAUAUGUGUCUUGCAUGUAGAACAAAUAAAGGGAAACCUAUUGAAAUGGAAGACAAGGAAACUGAAGUCAUCAAUAAUUUAGUUAAUUUUGCAACACAAACUGAUUCAAUAUUGUUUGAAAAUUUUUCGGAUAUGAAUAGUACAUUGAAUAAAGGAAGUUUAGAAAGCAACGAAAAUAAACAAGAAAAUUAUGAUAAAAUUUGUCCAAUGUGUGGUGAAACUUACAAAGAAGAUGUAGGCUUUGCAGACUUCCAGUCACAUGUAGAGAGUCACUUUAUUGGUGUUACUGAAACUGAUUCAUUAGAAAAUGUAGAUAUUCAUAACUCAUUUGAAAAUGUUAUUUAAUAAUGUCGAUUAAGUUAGCUUCGUUGUAUUAUCUACAAUGGUUCUGAAGGUGAGCUGUAUGUAUUAAUCUAAUAAAAUCAUGAUUUCUUAAAUGUAAUUUAAUUAGCAUGUAUUAUUAAGAAUGAUCAGAUUAUUAUUAAUAAAAUAUCGCUUUGAUAAUAGAGUUAAGGCAUGUGACAUUGAAGCACUGUCUAACAUGUUUUGUUAAGUCAAAAUCACAUUCCAUAUGCUUUGUAGGAUGUUGUUACAUAGCAAUGUAACCAUUAUUUCAAUAUUAUAUUUUUCAAUUUCUUUAACUAAUGAAAAAGCUAAAUUAAUGUUAAUAUUCUCUUUACUUAAAGCUUUUGUGCAUAAGUAAAUCUAGUAAUGACAUUAUGAUUAGUAAAAAAUAAGCUUCUUUGUA